AAACCACAACACUCGUAAUAAAGGAACAACAAGAAAGCAUUAAGAACACAACAGGAAAUGACGUCAUUUUCAAACGCCAAAGUUUUGGCUACUGCCCUCGAAAAGUUUGAUCUUAUCGAGACGACUCUCUUUGACGGUAUUCGAUUCGCCCCUUAUGACGGCCUCAUGAAGGAUGUGCCCACAACGAUGGAUCACAUUUCCAACGCUAAGCUAAAGGAAAACGAUGUCAUCGCUUGCGGAUAUAUGAGGUCUGGUCACCACUGGAUGUUCGAGAUUUUGAACAUGAUUCAGACUCAAAAGGUUGAAUUCUCGAAAGACAAUGCAGAGGACCAUUUUCUGGAAUUUAUGAACGAUAAAGUUGACGAAACAUUGGAAGCUAUUUCGGAACCGAGAGUCAUAACAAGCCAUCUUCAACCCAAAUUCCUCCCGAAAGACGUUGUGAGAAAACCAGUGAAGGUUGUGUUUUACAUGAGGAAUCCCAAAGACGUGCUCACCUCCUGGUAUAACCUGGUUGCCAAGUACAAGCCGGAGUUAUUGAACUAUCAGUGGACUUGGGAAGAGUUUCUAGAGCUGCAGCUGGCCGGCGAGUAUCUGUGGGGUUCGUGGUUCGAGCACGUCCUGGCCUGGGAGAAGUUCAUGUCCGACAACCCUGAGGUGCCCGUGUUUGUGGCGCAGUACGAGAAGCUGAAGGAACAGCCUGCUGACGUCAUCAGGGACCUCUGUCGUUUUCUGGGUCAACCGGACACCCUGGCCGAGCAGAUAGCCACAGCAACGUCCUUUGACAACAUGAAGGCUGGGACUGAGGAGAAAAGCAAAAUAUUGUCGGACAGAUUUUUAAGUGGUCAUCUGGAUAUUGCAGUAGUGGGUUUGAUAAAAUCUUGGAAAGGCAGGUUCACUGUAGAACAGAGUGAGAGAUUUAACAAAGCUUUUGAAGAGAAAUUGGCUGGAAGUGAAUUUGGAAAUCGACUCCGAAAGUAUAUCUAUUGAUGAGUUGGAAAUAUAAUAAUUUUAUGUUAAAGGACUAAUUUUAGAGGAUAUUGUGUUUUCUGUAGUUAGUCCUUUUAAAAAAAUCUAUGCCUAGAAUGAUACACUUUGCUCAAAUUGUGUUCCUUUUGUAAUUUCUUAAGUUGUUUUAGACCAAUACCGGUUUAUCGUUGUUGUUUUUUGGUCCUGAUAGGCCCUGUCCCUCAGUUACAUGACAUUUUUGUUGUGGGUUGCAAAUGUGCCCAAUGCGUGCAGGGGACAUGCGUGACACAAUUAUGAAACAGUCUUCAUUUUAAAGCGAGCUGUCUGCUGUUUUUGCCGGACAACUGAUUACCAUAGUAACGUAUUUGCCUUUGGAAUGUUCUCUAAAUGUUACUGAUAAGCUAAAUGCCACCGUGUUUUGUCACUUAAUCCUUUGCCUCACACACUGAGGCCCUAUUCAACUCAAUAAAACAAUUAAAAUCUUGAGCUCUGGGAGGCUUUUAAUGGCACUGGGGUGACAUUGAUAUCUAGACAAAAUAAUAUGCGACGUUGGGUACACAUAACAAAAGUAAGCUACCUGACGGAUUAAAAUCGAGAUUUUUAUACAUGUAAUUAGAUGCCGCCCCCCCCUCCCCAGUUAAAUAGGUCUAAAUAUCCCCACCAAGUGGCUGCAGCCCCACAGCCAGCAGUUACAGCUAACUGACCUCAUGUCCCGAGACCCCCGGAGUUCUGUAAACAUCAGUGUUUGGCGUGGUUUACUGGGAUAACAAGUUAAGUACU